GACUGUGGGGUACUGUACUGACCUCUCCCUCUCUGACCCCUCCCCCCCACCCUCUAGUCCCUAGUCUCUCGUCUGCCUGCUUGCUUGCUUCCCUUCCCUGCCAUGCCCUCAGUCUCAAGUCCCAUAUCCCAUAAUAAAGGCUACAUUUGCCACUGUUUUGUGGGGUUUUGGGCCCAUCUCUGAAAAGGCCUGUUUCUGUGUGUCCUCAUCUUCUAGUCACCAAUCUCUGUUUGAGAUCCGUCCUCAUCAGGGCUCAGGGCUUUUAAUGGGAACCCAUCUUCAAAGUCUUUCAAUACCUGAAAAUGACCCAUUUAUUGUGAUGAACUUACAGAGGUUGGUAAUGGAGGAAGCUUUUAGGGUUUUUCAUCCUUUCUUAGUCAAGGACCAUCUUUUUCUUAGGUUGGCACCCUAAAAUGGUGUGCUCAACAUGGCGGGCAGUGUCUCGAUCGGACCUUCUAUGGCGCAACCUCUGCCGCCGUAUCUGGGGCCGGGCACGGCGGCUUCAUGACACAUGGCGGGAAGAGUUUAUCUACCGCCACCGCACCGCCAUGAACUUUCGGAACCGCCGGUAUAACUAUACGACACUGGAUUUUGACCCAGCUUACGUCAGCUCCGGCACAGCCACAGCUCUCUCCUGCCGCUGCCUGGCACUCUCCGACUUCCACCUCGCCGUGGGUUUCGAGGAUGGCACCGUUCGCCUCUUUGACCUCGCCACCCGCCUCCACGUCAGCACCUGCCUCCCUCAUCACAAUGUUCUUAUGGGUCCCUUCUCCCGCGCCGUCUCUGGCAUCAUCCUCUCUCGCGCCCGCCUCGUCUUCGCUUCCCUCCACGGCGACGUCAACGUCGCGGCUCUCGACAUCGUUGCCCCUCUCGAUCCCGUUAUCCCCACUCGCCACGUCCAUUUGGGACAGGGCGCCAGCGACGGAGCCCUAGUCGACUUCGCCGGCUGCAGCCGCUGGUGGGUCGGCCUCUACGCCGGCGCCCCUGGCCAAGCCUUCCGCAUCUGGGAUGGCGAAACCGAAGAGCUCGUCUUCGUCGGUGGGACCCUCACCGACCCAGAAGCCGUCAUGGGCUGGCACAUGUUCACAGAGUUAGCCGAUUUCGUUGGCCGAGUGCGAGUCACGAGCCAGGAAUCGGCCGUGGCAUGCACGAGUCGCCGAGUCAUCGUCUUCAACCUUAGAAACGGAGGCAAUGUACACGGGGAACAAGAGUUCGCGCCAGGGUUUAUCGUGGGCAGCCUCGACGCCAACAAUGAGGCGUACGUUAUCGUGGACGGGAGGGGCGUGGCUAGCGUACGCAGGGCGGAGAAUCUAGAAGAGGUGUGCAGGUUUGUAGUGGGAGGUACCUCGCAGAGGCGAGUUUUGGGGUGCAUGAACGGGGGGUACGCCCUGAUGUGCAUCGGGAGUGUGAUAAGAGCGUGGGAGGUGGAACGUGGGGUGUAUCUGUACAACUUGAGGGAAAGAACGUUAGGGGAUCUGGUUGCCAUGGUGGCAGAUGAUAGAUACGUGGCAGCAUGCAACAGUGACACCACGAUUCACUUGUGGGACUUUGGGGCCCAAUAAGAGGAACAGAAUUGGGCCUUAGGCCCAUGUGUGAUUGGGUUGGGCUCCGAACCUAACUGACUUAGUUGGAUUUACCUUGACGAUGUGGGAUGGGCGUGAGAUGCGCCGUUUUGGGGACUUGGCUUUUUUGUUGACCUCACCCUAGGAGACUAGUCUUGAUUUUUCUAUUCUAGAGAGAGAGAGAGAGAGAGAAGGGCUUUGUUGAUGCUGUACAGCUCUCUCUUUGACUGACUUGUAGCUUUGUUGGGCUCAAGAUGGUGGGCUAUUUAUUAUUCUUGGGUAUGUACUUGGUUGUUUGUAGUAAGUGAAUGGAUGGGCAUUGCCCUUGGAUGA